ACGUUUGGGUUCUGCUCUGCUGCUCUUGAACCUCCAUGACUUUGUCCUCUGUUGAAAGUUUUCUCCGCUUAUUCUCAUAACCUGAUCACUAAUUUGAAGCUUUUGUUUAUUAAUCUGUUGAUGGAGCAGGAUUUAUGGUCCAGGAUUUGUGGAUUCGGAAUACCGCUGGGCCACAAAAGGGUGAGGCCGUCGCUCUCCGCAUCAUCGCUGAUACAUCAGUAGUGUAUCGUUGCAGAAUCGAUGCAUAUCAAGAUACUCUUUAUGCUGCCUCUGGCAGACAGUUUAACAAUGACGAUUAACAAAACUCAGCUCUUGGCUUUGAUUUUUCUCGUAGUAGCUCAAGCGAAUCUGAUUUCCUCCACUCUCGAGCAGCCGUUCGAUCUUAAAACCCAUCUAAAUCGAACGAACGGCUCUUAACAAAAGACAUAGAAAAGGUCUCUGUCUCUCUUUUGUUCUGUUCUCCACCGUCAAACCCAAAGCUCUUUUGAUCGCCUGAGAAAUAUGUCUUCUCCGGGAAAAUCUCCGAGAUCCGACCGGAAAUCACCUACAGUUAUGACCGUGCAACCGUCUUCUCCCAGAUUCCCAAUCGGCACACCUACUGCUGGAGCACAACGUAAGAUCGGUAUCGCCGUCGAUCUGAGCGACGAGAGUGCCUACGCAGUCCAGUGGGCUGUUCAGAACUAUCUCCGAUCAGGUGACGCCGUCGUUCUCCUCCACGUUCAACCUACUAGUGUACUUUACGGCGCCGAUUGGGGCGCCAUUGACUUGUCGCCGCAGUGGGAUCCGGAGAACGUUGAGUCUCAGAAGAAGCUUGAGGACGAUUUCGAUAUCUUCACGAACAAGAAAGCGAGUGACGUUGCUCAGCCCUUGGUUGAGGCGGAUAUUUCGUUUAGCAUCCAUAUCGUGAAAGAUCACGAUAUGAAGGAGAGGCUUUGUUUGGAGGUUGAGAGGUUAGGGUUAAGCACUUUGAUUAUGGGUAGCAGAGGAUUCGGUGCUACGAAGCGGAGCAGUAAAGGGAGGUUAGGGAGUGUCAGUGAUUACUCAGUUCACCAUUGUGCUUGUCCUGUGGUUGUUGUUAGAUUUCCUGAUGAUAAGGAUGGAGAAGAUGAGAGAUUCAGCGAAGAUGGUGCUGGGAAUCUGGUAGAAAGUGAUAAACUUCAUACAGUUCCUGAGGUUGCUGAGGAAGAGGGAGAGAAAGAUGAGUACCAUGAUGCUUCCGACAAGCAGUAACAGCAGCAAGCAAGGUUGACUUUGUGAAUGCAGAAGGAGACCUCCCCUAAGGAGACAUAGAAGAAAAAGAAAGCGUUCUUAUGCCCUUGGUUUGUGUUCUUGAGCGCGCUUCAUUGUUGUGUUUUUGGGGGUUUGGGGUGUCUCUAGAUCUUCGUUGCAAGUAUGGUCUUGUUUCCUUGGUUUUGUUUUAAACUCUGUGGAAUUUGGGAUCUGUGGAAUUUGGGAUGAGUGGAUUCGAUGACUUUUGUUGUAUGUCUUUGAAAAAGCACUUAAAAGAAUUUGAAUGGUCUUGUAUAUCUCUUGGAAGUUGAAUUUAGCUGGUAAUAAAAACGUCUUUGACGGUUCGAAAUGA